AUGGAUGAACAAGAUAUAACAGAUAUGAAACAACGACUGAAGUCCAUUCGUCGAUAUAAAAAGCGAAUGUGGAAAGGAAGGAAGAAAGAACGAAUCCGCAGAGAACGCGCUGAGCACUGUCAAUUGAAAAUACAGAGCAAAGACAGUAAACACGUGGCAAUCAAAGCUGUAUCUUCACAAACUACUGUAUCGAAUCAAAUGGACAUUCUUCCCGCUGAGCUGGAAGCAAAGAUAAAAAAUGCCUCUUCACAAACUACCCCACCGCAUCAAAGUAACAUUAUUCACGUUCCUGAGUCAAGGGGGAAAUCAUUGCUKAAGGCGGCCAUUGGAYSGAAUUCGAAAACAGAAAAAAGCAUUUCCSGYGAUAAAAKGGUACAUAAGCGUGCUGCCCAGUCACCAAAAGAUGAAAAUUCUUUGGCAGAGAAAAGGAAAAAACAAGCCCAUCAUGAACAAAGUGUCAGAGAGCUAGAUUCCAGUUUAUUAGUUCGAGAUAACGAUGAGCRGAUCUUAGKUAGUGGUACUUUUGGUAAAUGCUACGCAGCUAAGUAUCGUGACAUAUCUGUAACUGUCAAGGAGUACCAUGACCACCGUGAAAUGAAAAGCCUGGCAACUUUGAAAAAGUCGGCAUACAAAGAGGCUAAAAUGAUUCUGUCAUUACAUGAUCAUCCUGGUGUACCUCUGUUAUUUGGAUUAUGUUCAUUAACGAAGCCUGUAAGGCUUAUUUUACUGUUUCAUGGCGACAAAAACAAUAACACUAGCGAAACAAUUUAUAGUGCAACCAAAAACAAAACGCUGCUUGACGAAAAAUCGUGGCGUAACGUAUUGUGUCUGACUGCCAUAGCACUAAAUCAUGUUCACAACUGUGGUGUAAUUCACAAUGACUUAAAGGCAAACAAUGUUAUCUUGGAGCCAAACCUAAAUCCUGUUAUUAUUGAUUUUGGACAAAGCGUAAAAGCUAGUGAAGCAAAGCCCCGAAAGCAGUCCUUUCACAACAGAGAAUGGAAGGAUUCGUACAUUGCGCCUGAAGUACGUGACGGUACAGGAAAACCAUCCACAAGUAGCGAUAUUUUUUCCUUCGCAAAAAUGGUGCGUUUCGUCAGCAGUAGAUGCUGUUGUUACGCCUCGGAAAGUAUCGACAAAGCUAUUUCCAGCAAGCCUUCGGAAAGACCGAGCUUGGAUACUUUUAUAUCUGAGUAUUCAAUUGACUCACUGAAGCAAAAAUAG